UCAACACCUACACAGAGAACCAAGAAUAGAGACAGGGCUCACACUGAGACUGGAGAGAGGAGGAAAAACAACUGCAGCCUGAGACCACCUAGUACCAUCUCAUCUAAGCCCAUCAUCUGCUGGCUGUAUACAUCAGGGAAAGUUUCAAGUGGGUGGGCUGGCUGCCUCUGUGACAGUCAGUCACAGAGGCAGCCAGCCCACCCCACAUACAGCGAAAACCCGCGAGAUGCACAUCCAGGUGCACCUGAUCCUACACCUGAGACAGGCUGAUGAAAAGUGUGCAUGCCAUCAUCACAAACAGAUCUUUACAUACACAUUCUUACAUCCACGCAGCUUUUACCCACAGACCCUCCAGUAGCGUGUGAAGAUGUAAUCACUGCGCCCGUGCCGGCAGCUGAAGGAUCACAGGUCACCUUACACUAGGUGUCAACUGUGCGCGGGCUUUAAUAUUUAAUGUCAGCCUUACAUUACCUCCACUGCCCAGACCCUUCCACUCUCCACGCUCCAGCUCACUCCCAAGCGUGAGAUCACUCCGCAGCCCCCCCCCUUUCAGUGCGCCCCCUUUAUUUAGAUUCAGUUUCGGAAAGCGAGAGGAUGGCAAACAUGUAACGGAACAACUGACUGCGAGCAGCAGCGCCGCAUCAAAGGACGUCGGGUUUUUUACGACGUGCGAACAGCUGUCAGCAGAAUACACUCAAUAAAUUCAUGACAUUCGAAACAGCACCAAGGCAGCCGGCCGUCAAGUCCAGCACAGCGGAUGCGCGUCGGAUUCAGAACCAACAGACAGGAUGAACUGAGACAUUACGCGCGAGAGGUUGCCACGGGCACGUUUGGACUUGACCUCGGCGGAGAUCGUUUCUUGGGACAAGCGGCUCGCACGGUGAGGAUGUAUCAAUGAAGAAUGUCACUGCGACCGACUCUGUCCAAACAGGGUUGAUGAAGCCCUCGGCGGUGUCAUGCGUCUUGCCCCGCAGCCAAGCGCGCAACCCCUGCGGCUUCUAGUUCUGCUCCUCCUCACGACAGCGGUCCUCUCAUCCCCGGUAAUCUCCACUGGCUGCCCGGACAGGUGCGUGUGUGAUGACCAGCUUGUGGUCCAGUGCGCUGGGCAGCACCUGACCGCCUUCCCGGUCAACCUUCCGCUGGCCACGCGGCAGCUCAUCAUCUCCAACAACCGUAUCGCGGAGCUGCCGCCUCUCGCGCUCAACUACCUCUCCGACCUGGUGUACCUGGACUGCAGCAACAACUCUCUGACGGAGAUCUCAGAGUCCACUUUUGGGAAUCUACGCAAGCUGGCCUACUUGGACCUCUCCUUCAACACUCUGACCCGGAUCGAGGACAGGACGUUCGGCCCCUUGGCGAGCUUGGUGAUGCUGAGGAUGACGGACAACCCGGGGCUCUCCGAAAUUCACCCGGACGCUUUUGGGGAGAACGCGGCCCUUCAGGUACUCGAUGUGAGCCGAAACAACCUGACGGUCUUCAACAUCACCUCCCUGAUCGCGCUGCCCGCCCUGCGCUCAGUGGGGCUCAGCGGGAACCCGUGGAGCUGCGAAUGCGACAACGAGGACCUGUGCUUGUGGGUCCAUCUGGAGGGCUUCAAGUUCCAAGAUGAGGGCCAGACGGUGUGUGGUUCACCUGCUGAUACUCAGGGCCGUCGACUGGGGGAGGUGGGCAUCCAGCUACGGACGUUAUGUCAUCAGACACUCGGCUCCUGGGACUACCUUUUCUUUGUCGUCAUCGGCUUUGUCAUCUUUGCUGCUGGCACCGUGUCGGCCUGGGUGAUGGGUGUCAUCAUGGUGCUCUAUGAGCGCUACAUCAAGAAGAAAGACGAGCAGCUCGAGAUGGACGACGAGGAAGAAAGCAUUGAGACAGGCCGUGCUGCGAGCACCAGGAGUGGCCAUGACAAUGGGAAUUUAAAAACCUCACAUACUGUUUAAAACAAAAUCCCACCCCUCUCGCCAUGGAUUCCCACAGUGCCUCCUUUCAACUUCCACAACUGUCUGAGAAGUCUCAUGAAACUGGGUCUGUUUAACAGGCUCGGAUCUGUUAAUGAAUGGAACAAGGAAUGUGUUUCUAUCAUUUUUAGUGGGCUUCCAGGUGUUGUUACACACACUGUAGUCACCAUAGUGGAGGUCCCCAGUCCUUGGGUAAUACAUAAACAAUGUAUGCAAAUAUAUGACCACAUAUUUUGUUAAUUUAUGUGCAAAGUUAGCAUUAAAAAAACUCAAAAACAACAUAUCUCAGAAAAACUCUGAAUAUGCUUUCACAGAGAUAUUUUUGACUGAUUUUCAGAUCAGUUUAAAUCAGCUUUUUGAAAUUUUAAGGUUUAAAAGUUAAAAAAAAAUCAAGACUGAUUUCAAGGCAAAGAUAAAAUCUUAAGCUAAAAAGUAAGCUACCCCCAGGUUACCUGUGAACUGCGACCUGCACUAUGGCAACACCAGUUGACAUAAAGACAGAAAACGUGGCUUACAGUUCGUGCUUUGCUGAUGAUAUUGUUAACACUGAGUAGGGAAAGUGUGUUUUUGUGACUGUAGUUGCUUUUUUUCUCCAGAUCAGUUUGUCUUUUUUAUUGGUACAUUUUUCACUGAAUAUCCCUGCAAGAUGCUUUAAUAUGGAUAUUUUAUGGAUGUAGUGAGGAAAGCUGGAUACCAGAACUAAAGAUGUUGACGGCUUGCUUGACAGAAACAGAGCUCUAACUGGAUUUGUAGCUCAGUGAAGGAGCACAAAAAUAUUUUCCUCCAAAAAAGGCCUUCACCUACUGCCUACAGCUAUUGGCCCAUAGCUGUUUCGCUGUAUUGAUAUCAUAAAAAUAAAUAAAUAAUAAAACUCAAGACAGACAUUUGCUGGUGUUGAAACCAGAUGUGACAAGAAAGUGGUGGAUCUGAGUGAGAAAUGGAGGGACACUGCACACUCAUACAGUAAUGAUUUAUCAACCAUAAACCAUCUCUAAAGGAGAUCAUGGUUUACAAACUAAACAUCAUGCUAUAUUCAAUAAGAAUUGAAACUAGCAUCUGAGACCAUAUAGCUAUUAUUAUUAUUUUUUUUAAACUCUUAAUGAAGUCAAAGACAGCGGGAGUUGAAGGCCCGUUUUGCCAUAAAUUAUUAAACUGCUGAACUUCUGUUUGCAAACUGUGUAGUCGCCCCCUGCUGGCCACAAGAAAGAAUCAGGUUUAAGGCACUUUCACAUUAGCUUCACCUUUUAGGAACAGAAGCUACAUCCAUCUUUAAUAUACAGUCUAAGGAGCAGCAAUGCUGAAUACAUUCAGAGGUUUAAACUUAUAAGGAAUUUAUAGCAAAAUAAUCCCACUUAAGAUAUUUAAGAGCUAAACAAAUGUGUGUGGAUAAAUUUAGACAUUUAAGUCGGACUAUUAUUUCUAAGCCAUAGUCAAAAUAUGCAUGCAUUCAUGCAUCCAUCCCCCCAGCUGUCAUAGGGUGAGAGGCUGGACUAGCACAGAGAGACAGACAAUGGUUCACAUUCGCACCUACAGCCAGAUUAGUUCUAAAUCUAUUAGUUAAAAUCAACCAUCAAAGUAAAAAAUCUUUUGCUGUUUGCAUUCCAUUGUUUUAAUACCAAGCUAGGCUAACCAUGUACUGGCUUUAUAUUUAGUGGAUGGAUACAGUAUGCCUCUCACUCAAAAAAAAAUGAAUUCAUCUUGUGUUACCAUCUUUUUUACAUGUCUGAUUUACAGCAUUCGCAAAAAAAAUCCAAUAGAAGGAAACUAGAAAUGUUUGCCAAAUUUUCUGUGGUAACUAUAGACCCAGUUCAAAUAUACAAAACCUUUUCCUAGUAUUAUAAAAUGCACAAAAACUAUUCGGUUAAACCAGACAGCCAUCUUAUAUAGAAUUGUUUUUUUUACACUGACAGUUUUCUCAAGGACCUCGAUGAUGGCGCUAAGCAAAGCAAUACAAUUGUGACACAGCUCGAGCUCCUCUGUGUAACAUUAUAAAUGUCUUGUUGUCGCUCCACCCGCAGGUAUGACAGGAAGGAGAGGAGGAACUCCUUUUAAGGAGUGCAUUUAUCCCCAUGUAUGUGACAGAGUGUACGAUGUAGCUUUAUGUGUCACUUUGCACAGUGAGAGUGUCAGUCCGUGCACCGCUGGGGCAUGUUUUUGUACUGUAAUCCAUCUUUCCCUGAAUCAUUAGCCCAGAAACAAACUACAGUGGCUGUAUUUGUGUUAAGGUUCUACAGUUGCUGUGAAGUGGAGAGAGCCCACAAGUGCCAGCUGCUGAGAUCUGUUUUGGCAGUGGGCCCUGCUGGAUGGCGAGCAAACAGGACAAUGUGAUAAGUGAUUUCUUUUCUGUUGGGUUUGAGUGCAGUGUCCUAUCUACUUCUGCAUGCACUGUUAAUGCACCAAAAAGCCUUACAAGGUGUGUAUACGUUCAUUAAAGAAUGAAAUAGGAUUUCCUGUAACAUACGAAAACAUCCUAUCUGUGAUCAUUUCAAAAUGCUUAAAAAAACAAUUAUUUGUAUUUUUUUGGUGACUGAAUUACUUUUCAAGGACAAACAUGAUUUAAGCCAAAAUAGCAAACAUGAACACUUGCUAUGCUUCAGGUUUCCAUGUCACAAACCUUCCAUGCUUUUAAUACUUAUCUAGAAUUGCUCUCCAUUGACCCUGACUUUAGUAUCAACUUAGAAAUAAGGAGGAAGAUUAAAAAAAACAAAACUCCUUGCUUGAACCGAGACAUCAGGCUGCCUUUUUUAUGUGUACUGUUCCUGUUAAGUCUCAGAAUUAUUCAUUUGAUUAAAGAAAAAAAAUAAGCUAUGACAGACAUGCGAAGCAUUAGAUCAGAUACUUUUUUCCUGUGUUUGAAGUCAAAUGUUUGGAUGUAUCCAAGUUUAAGUCGCUGUAACAAGUACAACAUCUCACAGAACUGAAAGCAAAGUAGAAAAAAAUACUUUACCGAAGACAUUUUGAGACACACACACACAAUCAAAUUAAUGAGAGCCAGUUUUGCUAUUCUGAUAAUGUCAAGGUCGGCCGAAUAUGGCGGAAUUUGUGUGCUGAAACAUGUGAAGGCAUCUGCACGAUCUGAUGCCUUUCUGUAACGUGAUCUGCAUCUACUAGUGAGAAACCUUUCUUCACACAUUUACUGGCACUUGCAGUCACAUAUUCUUGUGAUUUGUCCAAAAAGAAAAAAAAGGUAGUGUUUUAUGUUUUAUGUGAGGAAAUGAAAGCACAAUAAUAGCAUACUAUCCAGUAUAAACACAGUAUUUAUGGAAGUUUAAGAGGUGGUGUCAGAGGCAUUUUAUUUUUGGUCACCACAGGUCUUUCACGUGGCAGACACAUGGCAGCGUUUGAUGUAAAAAGGUUUUCUUGUUGCACUCCUUGACAGCUAUUAAAAGAAGAAAGCAAAUAUAAACCACGUACAUAACCACAUACAUAAGACACUUCUAAUUUUUUGUUGCUUGUUUUCUCUUGAUAUUAAUGCUGACUCAUAACACUAUAUAUAAUUAUGCAUGUACCAAUGUUUUGAUUGGUGCAUGCAUAAUUAUAUAUACUGUUACUUCAGCAGUAUGCUGAGAUUCCUGUGAACACUUCAGUCCUCUGCUCCUGAUUGCUUUCAUGGCUUUGGGUGUAAUAUUUGCAUGGGUUCUGUCAGUAAUGCAUUGCUUAAUGUGCAGGUCUAUUCAGGUCUGCAUACUACUAACUAACUAACUCUCAUAUAUACACAUAGAUGCAUAAGCUCGAUCAUUUUGACUGUGAGCCUGUGUUAGUUUCUGCUGCAGCUUACUGAUUAGGCCAUGUGAUGCCACAGGCAAGGGUGAGGGUGCAGACUGGAAAAAGGAUUGCUGGUUGCCCCAAUUCAUGUCAGCACAGUGACACACAUGAAAUGACAAGGAAAACCCACGUCUCCCUUUCCUAAUACAUGCUGCAGUUGCUGUUCGCUUACACAAGGUGAAGGUUUGCAAAGCUUGGGUUUGAGUAAUAACAGCUUUCUGUUGCAUAGCACGUGAAUGAGCUGAAUUUCAAUAUUUAAGUGGAUGAAGUAAAAUGGAACAUUUUGCACUUGUUACACCCCCGUGCUUCACGGUCAACCCGUACUUAGGCACAUGUAUGCUUAAACACACAGAGACAGAAGCCUUGGUUCUGCCUCUAAUUUCCCCUUGGGGUAGAAAGACUCUUAUUAACACUGAUUCCGACAGCGAGCACAAUAGUAUUGUUUCGCAUCACAAACAAAAUUGAAAUAAUUUGCUUUCUUUCUGAUGGUAAAAUAAAGUAGAAAGCUUUCUCUUGUAUCUGAUGAAAAGCCAGCAGCUUAUUAACAUAGCAUAAAAAUAGAGGAAGACAAGUAGCUUAGCUCUUGGAAGGAAACUAAGCUGGCAUAACACAAAGGUAAAAAUUUAAGUGGGUUUAAAAAGUGUUAGAUGAGUUGAUUUCUUAUCUUUGAAGACCAGCAGUUUUUUUCGUGGAUGAUGGUUACACACCAACUAGCGCAACUGCUGGUACAUAGCGCCAGAACAGGUGUUCAAAGGGCAGAGUGGUAAUGCAAGAGAAGCGAUUCUUUCUAUUCACAGAACCAUAAAAGGAUUUAAAAGCUGCCAUUUGUAUUUUAUAUAGGACUGCAAUGCUCCUUUAAACAAAAAUGUAACAUUCAUUCGGCAGGUUGGGUUAGGGUCGCUGUUUCCUUCUGGUUCCACGUUAAUCUAAGUUCAGCGGCAACUGGCUACAGCAUCACAUUAACAUACAAACCUGAGGGGCAACAAUCAUUUGAUCUGACCAUUGGCAAGUUAGCAAGUAGUAAGACCACAUUUCCCAAGAUGUUGAACUGUGGCUUCGAAAUAAUAGCAGUGCUUAAGGCAGUUGUAGUGCUUGCGAAUGGAUGUUUGUUUUCAUUUUCAUAUCCCAUCAUUCAAAAGCCAAGCUGAGGCAGUGGUCAGGAUGUGCUCCAGGACAGAGAUGCGCCCAACUGGAUAUGGUCGCAUUACAGCUGUGACUGCGAGCCAGUUCAGUAAAUAGACAAGGAAAUGCACACAGCUACUGGACGCAGAAGCUCCCGCAGCCCUGUUUCCUGCUCAUAUUUUUGCACCAUUGUGUGCACCCACUGAGCUGGAGGCAAACGGGCCAAUGUAAAAAUGCCUGCAGAUGGGAGAUGUGACAUGAAGUAAGACUGGCUCUAACCGACCGUAAUAGCCCUCUGACACAUCUACUUACAAACAUGCUCACUUACACACAGUCAUGCACACACACACAUCAAAUAGGAAAAUAAUCCUUUAGUCAUGGAACAGUGGAAUGACUUAAACUGAACUUGGAGAUGAGGGGGAUAUUUCCACGGAAGGGUGGAAAUCUGGUGUCUGUGUCACAGCUGUUACGUGAGAAUUUCAUCAUUAAUCAGACCCAAAUUAAUGUCAGCUGAGACCAAUCUGCAAUACAUGCUGUACCCUGUAAAGAAAAUACUUUAACGUAUAUAAACUUAAAUGCAUUUCUUUUGCAUGCAUUUGUGAACACACAAAGGCUAACGAGGGCUCUUGUUUUAUACUCCAAGUUUUCUUUAAUAUUUUGUCAUUUAAAUUAAUUUCUGACCACAGAAGCAAGGAACAAGGAUCAGGAUCUGCAAACACGGGUUUUCCACUAGUUUUUUUCUUCCCUCAUUUCCUCCAUUGUGAUCUCAGUACAUUCUCAAAGCAAAUUAUUUGUGUCGUGGGAUUUGUUGCAAAAUAACAUUACUGUUUGAUUUGAUUUCUGUCACAUGCAAUAUAUAUUCUAUUGGACUCAGUAUUGACAACUUCUACUUAUCCCUCCCUUGGAAAGAGGCUAUUGAUUGAUGGUAAAGAGUGAACCCCUGCCUUCACUUGGCAAAGAGGAGGAUGGUCCUGCUGCUGUUACACACUGUAUUUCCACACAGGCUCAGGGGCCUGCCAACUCUGUAUCCUUCCCCAGCAAUAAAAGGUCAUUGGAGAGGA